UACUGAACCAGAGAAGCCCACACAAAUUCGCAGCUGGAGAAGAAGGAAAAGCCAUAAAAGUGUGGAAAUGGAACCCAAAUAGGCCACAGAAAGCAGCAAAGCAGCAGGAACAGGAUGAGCGGCGAGGAGCAGUCGAGUCUGCUGCGCGUACUCAUCAAUUGUGCGGAGAAGGCGGCCAACAUAGCCAGGACAUGUCGCUCCAACGAGGAGCUGCUGGGACUGCUGGUGCAGGAGAAGAGCGGAUCGGAAGCCAACGAGCGGUUUGAGCACGAUUUCAAGACCCUGGCCGAUGUCCUCAUACAGGAGACGAUCAAGCACGAGGUGGCAGCGCUAUUUCCCGCCAUGCAGGAUGCCAUCCUGGGCGAGGAAUCGCCCAAUUUCACCAACAAACUGGGCGAGAGCGUCACCAUUGCAGUGGGCGCGACUGAGGAGGACACCGCCUCCUGUCUGCAGGCUGUCCUUAGCGGGCACGAGGGUGCUGCCAGUGCCCUGGCUACAGAAGUCCAUCGGGAGGUCAGCUUCAGCAGCGAAAAGCUGGGAGAGAUUGCCCAACUGCCGGAUGAACUGGAUUACGCCAAUUUGGGCAUCUGGAUCGAUCCUAUUGACGCUACCGCUGAGUACAUUUCGGGCGACACCAUGUUCACCGACUUCCCGGGCAUCACAUCUACCGGCCUGGACUGCGUCACCGUGUUGAUUGGCGUCUACGAACGGGACACUGGAGUGCCGGUGAUCGGAGUGAUGGCGCAGCCCUUCGGCGAGAAGCUGGAGGAGAACGUUUACAGCUCCUCGAUGUUCUGGGGCGUUUGCCUGCCCACGCUAAGGGCACACAACUGCGAUUUCGAGGCGCGCGAUGAGAACCGUCGUUUGGGUAUCUUCUCCAGCUCGGAGCAGUCCGAUAUCCUUCAGCGUUUCCUCGAUCUGGGCUACGAGUUUGCAUUUUCUGCUGGUGCUGGGCAUAAGGCCUUGAAGGUGAUUACCCACGAGGUGGAUGUGUAUCUGCUUAGCAAAGGGUCCACCUUCAAGUGGGACACUUGUGCUCCCCAAGCCAUUCUCCGUGCCCUCGGCGGAGAUGUACUGGAUUAUACGGCCAGUGUGGCGGAGCAGAGAGCAGUACCACUGAAGUACCUGAUUGAGGAUGCUGAAGCUGAUGCCGAUUGGAAGCGAAAUGCAGGUGGUAUAAUCUCUGUGCGCAAUGUCGAUGUUGUGGAGGAGCUGCUCACCAAACUGGCUGAGCAAUGAAUGUUGUUGUUAUUUGUUGUAAUCUCAUUAUUGCUGUUGUAAUUGAUUCGAUGUGUGGCUAACAGUGAGUCGAAUUCGUAGGGAUAGAAACCAUUGCAUGGAUGUUGUUAAUAAAUGAAACCGGCAAACUUGUAAAAACA